AUGGCCGGUCUGGCAUCAGAUCAGCGCGAGAAACAUAAAACUGAGGCCACUCAAUUGAUAUCAAAAUAUCUUUGGCAUUUUCUUCCGGACAUCAUGCGUCAAAGUCUUUUGUUGAUUGAGUACCUAUCGCUCGCGUUGUACUUUGCUGAUUAUUUCCUGGCUCACAUCAAAUGCAAAGUCGCCAUGACGCAAUUUAAGGCAGACCGCUUUGCUGCAUCCACAAAUCAGGCAUGUCUGCCUCCCAUCUCCAUGGACUCGUCGCUUGCUGUACCCCUCUCUAGCCUUGAAUAUGUCCAUGAGCAAUUGGGAGGAGGGCGCCGCCAAUCAUCACCUCCUGAGUUGACCCCCACAAGGCUCAGGAGUAGAAUCAGAGCUACUUCACGGGAUGCUGGUAUUGUGAAGGAGGCAUCUAUUCGCCGAGCCCAUCAGCAACCUUCAAGACACUCUCCUGUCCCCUCAGGACACUCUCCUCCCCUAUCAGGAGCUGCGACUUCUAGCUCUUUUCUCGACGACGGUCCCACAAGCAUCGACACCGACCGCGACACAGCAUCACUCACCCUCUCUGCUCUGAAUGAGCAGCAUUCCUCUCCCUCAGGAGGUGAUCGCAAUUCGCAAGAACCUGCACAGAUUCAAGACAUGUUUUAUGGUCAUAGCAUGAAUGCGCAGCCCGCCUGGAUAGGCCCAAAUAAACCCCACCCCUUUGAUUCCAUGGCCAAUGGUGUCGAAAAUUUGCCAUCCCGCUCCCACAAUCCGACCCUAUGUGACGCGUCCCGACUCAUACCUCCCCUGUAUGUAAUACCUCCAACACCGUCCAAAGAUGUCCAUGGCGGCAUUGAUCAGUCUGCUCCGAAAGCAGCCAUUCCCCAGCUUGACCUCAGCUACUACCCUGAUGAUGGGUCUAGUCAUUCGCGUUUCCAAGAAGAAAGUGUGUUUGAUGAUAACACAAAUUCGCAGAAAUCAUCCCUGAUGGGACGGAGGUCGUUGGAGAUGAACACACUUUUGGAAGAAGGUUUUGCAGGGAUUGAACGUGCUUUCGAUGAUUUAUCUCUGUGGACUACAUAUCUGCUUCAACAGCUCACUAAUAUGUUUCUCAAGAGUUGUGGGCGAGCAGUUCAUGGUAUUAAUUACUGGAACAUAUACGCGAAUUACUUCAAUGAGAACAACGCCAAAGGAAAAGGAAAAGGAAAAGGAAAAGGAAAAGGAAAAGGAAAAGGAAAAGGAAAAGGAAAAGGAAAAGGAAAAGGAAAAGGAAAAGGAAAAGGAAAAGGAAAAGGAAAAGGAAAAGGAAAAGGAAAAGGAAAAGGAAAAGAGGUUUGUAGGCCAGAUAUGCAGGGCACACCGAGCACGAGGCUGCGAACACGUUGCUAUGAAAAAUUCAAGGACACCUUCCCAGAUGUGUACCAGGAUAUUCUCGACAUUUUUGAUGAAGCUGCUGUGCUAGGUGCUGCUACCCAAACCGUCUCUCAAUGUGGACAAUCGUUCCAGAGGCUCUGUAAAAAAAUGACAGGCAUAUUAGAUUCCUUGGCCGCCAGAUUCGGUUUUGAGGCCGCUGUCGUGCUGUGUGGAAAAAUAGUGAACCAAGAUGCAUCACUCGGUCAUGUACACACCACACCCGGUGCUGGAGGGUUUUUUGAGACACGAUGUCAUGCCAACGACAACACAAUCAUCGCUCACAUCAAAGCCCAUGUAUUUAACACUGCCUCGUUAUCAGCAGUCGAAGCAUCCUUCAAUGUUGACGAUGACAACCAGGGUAUAGAAUCAUCGUUGAGGGAUGACACCUCGGACGUUCAAAUUGUAGAAGGGCGAGAGGUUGCACUAAAGUGGUUGAAGCGCGAGCUCACCAGACAAGUUGAGUGCUGUGGCGGCAAAUUCGUGUCUGACAAAAACUUUCCUUGGAAGCUCAUGCCGAACACCCUCGCCGAUGACUGGCUUCGCAUCACUGGUUAUCCUGCACACAAGUGCUUGUUACUGGGUGAAUACCAUAGCAAUAUGUCGAAGAGCAAGGCCAUUGGAGGGCUGAUGCACAAGGAGAUCUCUGCACUUGUAGAUGCCCUGAAGGCAGGAAUAAUGGUCGUCGUUAACGUACCCGCAAAGCUUCAGGCCGCUCUCAUUGCCUCCGAGGUGCCUGUUAUCGUUGGCGAAGCGCCUCCGUCUGACUAUCCGCACCCUGGUGCCUGCCACAUGUUCGCAGAUGGUCACUCGGACUUUAACAGACCACCCUGGGCUAAGCCUACCACUGCAGCGACAAGGGUCAAGAAGGCACGGAUAGGUCACAAUGCCAGACCAUCUUCUCACGAUGAGGUCCCUUCCUCGCGCCCAUUUGUCAUGGUCACAAAACCUCCACCACACCCAGCACCUCCUCCCUUGCAUCCAUUUGUUAUGGCCACCAAGCCUGUCAUGCUUGACGUAAUCUCCUUUUCGACCUCUGACUCCAAGGAGGCGCCACUAGAAAAUGGUAAGGGCAAAAAGAGGAAGUUAAAAUUGGCGGCAGCAUCUCGAACAGCGAAGAGGCAUGCACCAUCUGCAGUAAAUGAUAAGAAAGGAGAGACGAGGGGUGGGCCAUUAUUGCCUCUGACUGUUAGAUCUUCAAGUGAUGAGCCGCUCACACCGGCAGCUCAACCUGCUAAGAGGCUCCGGGACGGCCCCGUCAAUCGUUCUCACUAUGUGGAGGGCCACGCACCUCGGAAGUUGUACCACGAGGUUGACUCGGAAGGUGCUUAUGAUACCAACAAGAAGGAUCCCGCUAUCGAGCUUGCUGUAAACGCUCCUGCACGCCCCGUAAUGGUUGCUCCAACUUCAGAUGACCCAUCCGUGCUCGCUCAUACAUCGCAGACAGAGCCUUUGAACACUGUGGUUGACCAGGUUGGUCCAGCCAGUCCACAUACUGCAGAGCAGCAGUCACCCUGGCCUAUGGUGUCUCAGAAUCCUCUGCGGAACGACCCUCAUGAUCCUUUGGACUCGCGCGAGCUUCUCCAUCUUCGUGACCACCCUCAUCAUCAUUACUCCCGUGAAGUUCAUCGACAUCGUGACACUUAUCUGCCAUUGUUGGACCAUGAUGAUCUGCAGCCACGGAAUGUGACGUAUAACCAAAGGGAGGCUCCAGGCCUCACGCCCCCGGAAGUUCAUGAUGCAUAUGGAUCAUAUGUUUCUGGGUUUGCUCCGUGGAAUGAUGUUGACGAUCAUCAGCGUUUCACUCCUUAUUCCAACAAUCCCUUACGCCCGUGGGGCUACCGUGAUCGGUACGGUCAAUGGAGGAGGUAUCCAGACACACAGCAGAUGGUUCAUGAUGGUGAAUUUGGCGACUACUCACGCGAAGCUCUGGCGCCACGAAUGUAUCCGUUCGAAGACCACCAUGCAACCCAUACUGAUGACAAUCGUGAUGGCAACUCGAUGAUGUGUGAACGCUCUCCAAACGUCCAGCCUGGACCAUCUUCAUUUUGA